AUGGGGAAACUUACUACCAUGAGAUUUAAGACCAAACGUCGUGUCAAGAACAUCGACCAGGUCUACGGUGACUUGUCAACCCCAGAGUCAAUAAACCAGUUAAAAAACCAGCCAUUACAAGAAGAUAAACCGGGCUUGGGCCAACAUUACUGUGUGGAAUGUGCGAAAUAUUUUCAAAACUCAACAGCUUUGGCUUCCCACAGAAAAGGGAAGGUUCACAAGAGAAGAUUGAAGCUUAUAAAAGAGGGCCCUUACACCCAAUUAGAAGCUGAUGCUGCUGCAGGGAACAAUUUGGAACAAUUUAUCAAAAAGAAGACCAUAAUAAAUAAUGUUGUCAAUACCCAUAUCUCUCCUUUAAUCCUGUUAGAAAAAGGGUCCUCUCACCUCAAGAAAAAAGACGGAGACCAAAAAUCCACUACUAUUGAAGCGGAGAAACCACAAGCAGAAGCUGCUUCACAAGAGAUGGCUGUGGACCUUUGA